AUGAUCAACGCCGUCCUUGUCUUCAACAACGCCGGCCAGCCGCGCCUGACCAAGUUCUACACACAGCUGGAAACCAGCGUCCAGCAGCGACUCAUUUCCGAGAUCUUCACCCUCGUCGCCAACCGUCCAAACUCAGCAUGUAACUUCUUGCCCCUCCCACCACUCCUCGCCAGCAGCUCCAAAUCUAGCACGCCCACGACUCCUCACAACGACACACCGUCACUCGUCACCUACCGCCACUACGCGACCCUCUACUUUAUCGUAAUUUCCACGUCUACCGAAUCGCCUCUCGCGCUCCUCGAUCUGAUCCAGGUCUUUGUGCAGGCGCUCGACGGCCUCUUUGAAAACGUAUGCGAGCUAGAUCUGAUUUUCAACUUCGAGACACUACAUGCGACACUGGGUGAGAUGAUAGUAGGCGGCGUGGUGGUGGAGACGCAGUUAGACAAGGUCAUUCAAGGCGUCAAGGCACAGGGAAGAGUAGCCAAGAGGCCCGUCAACGAAGGGAAGAACAUUGGUGGAGGAGGAGGCGGUGGUGGUGUCAUGGGCGGACUGACAUUCGGCGGUCUGGGAAGAGGAGACGGUAUGUGGGCUGGGAGAUGA